CUAUAAAGGGAAUAUUCGGCACAAAGAAAGGAAAUUUUACAUCAUAAAAUUUCUAUGAAAACGUGCAUUUGUAUACCGGAAGUGUAUGGAUCGAUGGAUAUGGGUACAAACAAUGAUGUAAAUGAAAGAAAAGUGGAGGGAGUGAAAGGAUAGGAGCAAAAGAAAAAGAAUAAUGAGAUUACCAAAAUAUUUUGUAGUUGUUCGUGUGUUUAGAUGUAUUAAAUAGAUAUCGCAGCGUAUCUUAACGGCAAUAAUUAGAAACGUUUAUAAGCACGGAAAAAUUGAGAGGAAUAUGUUUGAAUGUUUGGUGAUAUAGUACUACAGUGCGAGAGAAAGAGGUGCAAGAGCGCAGAAAGAACGCCGUCACAAAUCGUAGUGUAAACGGCCGACAAUCGAUUUCAGAUGAGAAUUGAUUAUCAAUGGUCAAUACGGUUGAUCGUGUAGUAGAAUAAAAAAAACAUUUAAUUUCCAAGUAUUUAUUUAUUGGUUAAAAAAGUGAAGGAAAGUUAAUGGAAAUAUAAUUUAGACGGGAAGGAUGAGUGAAGGAAGUUUCUCUGGAUCGUGAAAGUGUUAGUCCGACGAUAGUUUUUAGUCGAGAAUUUUGAAGAAUUAAUUGAAACCUGUAUGAAAAUUGAUGAGCAGAAAAUAUAAGAAUGCACCAAAACAGAAGGAAGAAAAAGCGAGUAAAUUACGGCGUAAGGGCAGUAGAAGUAUUGCGUGGAAUGAAAGGAUUUGGUUUUACGAUUUCGGGACAGCAACCUUGCAUAUUGAGUUGCAUUGUUCCAGGGAGUCCAGCAGAUAUUGCCGGAUUACGAGCUGGUGAUUAUUUAGUGUCAGUGAAUGGUCACAAUGUUAGCAAACUGCCCCAUGAUGAUGUUGUACAAUUAAUUGGUCGUUCUAAGGGUACUCUGAGAUUACAAAUAGCUGAAAAUUAUUAUUCUGAUUCUUCUGACGAAGAAGGAGUAACAACAGUACGUUGCAAGCCGAAAUACAUUCAUAAACCACGUGCGAGCAACAUGGGAGCAUUGCAAUUACAAUGUAGAGUUGCCAAAGUUGUGCGAGAUUUACAAAGUGGUGCUAUGUUUGAUGCAACAGGAAAAACACCACCUGAAUUGCAAGGUCACGGGACAUAUUGCGACUUACAUUAUCAUUGGGAUAUGUCAAGCCCUCUUCCACCACCACCACCACCAGCUUCUCAUAAAAGAGACUCAGAGAAAAUAGUGCAUAGAACGGUUGUUGGUUACCUUGGAACUAUAGAUAUUCCGAAUCAGUUGCAUCCAUCUUGUAUGAUGCAGGUAUUGAGAAAAUGUAUCAAACGAUUAAAGGCUGAAAAAAGAAAUCCAACUACAGUGUUGUUAACCAUACAUGUGGCAAAUAUAAAGCUGACCAAUUCAGAGAAUCGUAUUAUAGCAGAAUAUCCAUCCUACAGAAUAAUAUUUUGUAAUUCUUUUUCUGAGCAAGACAAGCAGUAUUUUGGCAUACUAACUAAAUCUGUUAAAGAUAAAGAAAAUAUCGUUUCAAAUUCAUGCCAUGUUUUUACAAUUUAUUAUAAAUUAAUCGAUCAUACAGUACAUUCUAGCGUGUGCAAUAUAUUUGGAUUUACGUGCACGAAAACUUCCGAAUUAAACGUAUGUCAAGAAUUUCCAGACAGUUGCAAUGGUCUCAUUGGUGCUAUACAAACUUUAUACAUAUCAGAUUCUACAGCUACCGAUACAAAUCCAUAUAAUGAAAUGAGAAGACAUCAAGAAACUGCUUCUCCACAGCCAAGUAAUAUAAGUACAUCGACGGCUCAUUCAAGUAACAGUGACUCAGGAAUUGGUUACAAGGAUGACUGUACAAGCCGCUCUGAUAAAAAUAUUAUACAAAAUGCUUCCCGAAGGAGAUGUCCAGCUUCAGAAUACAGGGAUGCAUGUGAAUAUUCUUCAAAAUUGUACGGUAACGAGGCGGUUGACUUAAGAUUGACUGUACGAGCUGUAUCGAACGCAUGCUGGAAUGAAGCGAAUAAAUCGGAUAUGUGUAAAGGUAACACGGAAUUGUCUCGUGAAAGUGUCGUUUUUAAUGAUUUUUAUAAUGGAAUGAGUACGUGUACAGAAACGAUAGAAAAUUCUGAAACGAAUUCCGGUACACAAAAAGGAACGAAGAGGGGAGAUUUGCCCACCUGUCCAUUACCAUCUGCUUCAACGGUUAAGCAGGGGUUGGUUAGUUCGUCCGUUGGUUCCCUCGUGUCCGUUUGUACCACCGCGAUGCUGCACAGUAUAGACGAUUCAAUCGAGACAUCCGAUGAUUCUAUAAUCAAAUCGAAUCGAUUGCCGAGAGUUACGGGAUUAGGAAAACUAACGGGAACUGACGACACGCGGGACAAAUUUAGUCCAAAAGUAUUUUCUGGUAUUUCCAAGUCUUUAGUGCAUAGUUUCGAAGACCUAAAUACUACCAGCAUGGAUUACGUUCGACCACUGUGCCAAACCUAUUCAGAUAAAUCGGAUAAUUCACGUCCUUGGGGAAGUUUACAGGAAAUUCGAAAUGUUGGAGCCUGUGUGCAGGAUACUUGUCUGCACGGUAGUACAGAGUUAUGCGACAAAAGUACCGAUUGCAAAAAUAUACAUACGUGGGCGAGCGGUUUUGAAAGAUUAUUGGAAGAUCAAAAAGGUUUACAAACUUUUGCGGAAUUUCUGAAAAAGGAAUUCAGUCACGAGAAUAUUUAUUUUUGGGCUGCUUGCGAGAGAUACAAAGAUACUAAAGAUGUAGUCACACGACGUAAGUUGGCUAAUCAGAUUUACCAACGUCAUUUGUCCGCGAAAGCAGCCGAACCUGUCAAUGUCGACAGUCAUGCUGCUGGCCAAAUAACGCAGGAUCUUCUUAGUGAAGCACCUGCUGACCUUUUCCUACAGGCUCAAAAACAGGUUUUCAAUUUAAUGAAAUUCGAUAGUUAUCCAAGGUUUUUAAGAUCUGACUUAUAUCGACGUUGCGUAGAAACAGGAAGUACAAUAAUCGGAGUAGAAGAUUGCGAUUUAAAUCUGACCAGUUCUCCUAGCGUCAAGUUAAAGAAGAGUCACUCGGAUGCUGAAGACCGAUGCAGAAAAUCUAUUCUUCCGUGGAACAGGAAAAACAGGUCGAAAUCGAAAGAUCGUGGAGAGUCUGAAUACAACAAUAAAGCUCCGAACAGAAAUGAAACCAUAUACAAGAGUUUCACGACUAUGAAAAGAGAAGUAGAAGGUAAUAACAAUGAUGACAGUAUUUCCAUAUCUAGUAGCAGAUCUUCGUUAGCAUCAUGGGAUUUGGCAUUAAGGCAGUCGUUUCAUAAACAUUCUUUAUCGUCCUACGAAGGACAGUCGAAUGAAACGAAAGAGGUUCGCGCCAAAUGUACCGGGUUGUGUCGGGUAAUAUUACCCGAUGGAUCGACUACCGUUGUGCCAACUAGCCAAACGGAGAGUAUUAAAGAUGUGGUUACACGCCUCCUUGAUAAAAGAGCUCUCCGAUACUCUAACUAUGAUGUUCUAAUCCUAGCUACAGACGAGACGGUAGAGGCGAAAUAUUCAUCAUCGGUAUUGGCUGGUCAAGAAGUGGAAGUCGUACCGACGAAAAUAUUGAAGGUAGAUUUACCUUCGCGGCGAGUGAUAACUGUGAUUGCGCAUAAAGGCAGAACGCUUAAGGAGGUGCUCAGACCACUUUUAAACAAGUAUGGUUUUAAUCUAGAUAUGGUUACCGUGUGGAGUGAAAACCACCGUGUUUCUAUGGAUAUACAAGCGAUCGAUGCUCCUGCAAGACUGAUUUUCACCACGAACAUAAAAGAAGAAGAUCCAGAAAAAGAAUCGAACACGGUUAAAUACACGCACGACGCGUCAAAUGCCCAACCGACAUUAGACGAGAUCACAAACAGAGUAUUUGAGGAGCUUUUGGUGGGGAAAGGUUCGAGUAAAUAUCAUUAUAAUGAUGGCUCGUGUAAGUCUGACGACCAACGUUCCGAAGGCUCCUCCUCCAUUUUGCCGAGCAAAUUUUUCCUUCGAGAUUCUACGAUGCACGGCAAGAAGAAGGGAGGAAAGUCCAAGUGUAAUACGAACGAGAAGAGUAACGGGGGGAACGAUUACGCGUGUGAAGAAAGUGGCAAGUCUCAUCCUCCUUUGAUAGCGAAAUGGCGGAAUGGAGUGAAAUUGCAAUUACCGGGGAAAUUUGACGGUGAAGAUUUAUACGAAGGUUUGAAACGAGCACAAAGGUCUAGAUUGGAAGAUCAGAGAGGAACAGAGAUCAAUUUCGAGUUGCCAGACUUUUUAAAGAACAAGGAAAAUGGUAAGCCGACGGAUCGCAACAAGAUUCGAAGACCUAGGAUAUUACCUACCAAUUGCGAAGCAAACGCCAAGUUUUACGGUUCGAUUCACGAACGGAAAAACUGUAGCAGCAGCGGAGGACACGAUCAGAAGACGAGGAUGACGGUGAUGGGUGGUGGUUCGGCAUCGAAGAACGGAAAUGCCGAUGAACGAUACCAUGUAUCGUCAUCGGCCAGUGGAAAGGAGUCUCAGAGUAAGUCUCCAGAUAGUUCGUUCACCUUAGAUACCACUUUAACGGACGGAGAUCGGACCAUUGUAGAGAAUGGAUCGUGCUCUCGGACUGUAGCUGCUCUGGGUACUUUGGAUGCUCAAGCGGAUUCAUCGUCAGCUGUUACAAAAUCAUCGAAACCACCCCCCCUUCCACCGAAACCGAAAAACCUUGUAACAGGGCCAGCGAAAACUGGAUACCCAGUCGUAUCCUCUAAACCUUUACCAAAGUCUAAUCGUGCCGUUCCUUUCAGUCCGAUUGAACCCAGUCGAAAAAAUAUUUAACAACGCGUAUCGCGUAUCUCUUUUUUUUGUAUACGAAAUAGAAAUAAGCGAAGUGAGUUGUCGCUUUAUAUAGCAACAAUUUUAUAUGUAUCAUAUGUAUGUGUACAUACUUGAGAAGAGGUGUGUAUACGUGCGAGCAUGCGUGUGUGUGUGGAGAGAGAGAGAGAGAGAGAGAGAGAGAGAGAGAGAGAGAGAGAGAGAGAGAGAGAGAGAUUGUAGUAUUAUACAUAUAGUGCCUACUGCGAUUACGAUUCCGUAUCUGUAUUUCGCGUUGUCUCGGUUGAUAGGAGUGAUAAGGUGCCUUUUUAUUUUAACGAUAUUCACAACGUAGCGGUAAACGUACAGCAAUCACAGUCGAUGCAGCAGCAUAUUUAUGACGUUUUUAGAAUACAACUGUUACUCUCCUGGUUAUA